AUGACUCUUGGAAGGAUGACUGGUGUUGAUGAAGACAUUCCAAACAAUGAAGAUUCAACUUCUACUCGACGAAAAAUCCCCAAAUGGACAACUAAGCAAAAUUUGAGUGACUCGCUGUUCAUGAUCAACCACGCUAUAGUAGUCAGUGCUCGUCCCAUGGGAGGGAUGCGUCUAAAAAGAAAGUUAAAAAAAGGUAAGGGUGAUGCAUGCUUGGAAGUCGUUAAUGAAGAGUGGAAUGAUUUCAAGCAAUUGAAAGAGAAAGAGUUAGAAAACUUGGAAAAAAAUUGCCAAGAGACAGAAGAGGCAAACAAAUUGAAGAAGAUGGAGAUGGUUAUGAAGCUAUCUGAGAAUGAGCAUCUCAAUGAUUGGAGCAAAAAGCUAUUAGAGAAGUUGAACCACGAACUAUUUGGAAAUUAG